AUGUCGAGACGUGACGUGGUCCUCACCAAUGUUACUGUUGUCCAGCUACGGCGGGACCCAUGUCCACGCCCAUGUCCGUGCCCCUGUCCAUGCCCGGAUGGAAUCUCCAGGAAGGCAGAUAUCCUCAAGGUCACCAGUGCCUCAAGCUCACUGCCUCCAGUAUACAUGUUCAAAUAUGACUCCACACACGGCAGAUACAAAGGAAACGUGGAACAUAAGAAUGGACGGCUGGUCGUAGACAACCUUGAGAUCAACGUGUACCAGUGCAAAGACCCUAAAGAAAUUCCCUGGAGCUCUGUGGGGAGUCCCUAUGUGGUGGAGUCUACGGGCGUAUACUUGUCCAUAGAGGCGGCUUCCGGACAUAUUUCAUCCGGUGCCAGGCGUGUGGUGGUCACUGCACCCUCCCCUGAUGCGCCCAUGUUGGUCAUGGGUGUGAACGAGAAGGACUAUAACCCUGGCUCCAUGACCAUUGUCAGCAAUGCAUCUUGUACCACCAACUGCCUGGCUCCCCUCGCCAAGGUUAUUCACGAACGCUUCGGGAUCUUGGAAGGGCUGAUGACCACAGUCCAUUCCUACACGGCCACUCAGAAGACAGUGGAUGGACCAUCCAAGAAAGACUGGCGAGGUGGCCGAGGUGCUCACCAGAACAUCAUCCCGUCUUCCACUGGGGCUGCCAAGGCUGUAGGCAAAGUCAUCCCAGAGCUCAAUGGGAAGUUAACAGGAAUGGCAUUCCGGGUGCCAACCCCUAAUGUAUCAGUUGUGGAUCUGACCUGCCGCCUGGCUCAGCCUGCUUCCUACUCAGCUAUCAAGCAGGCUGUGAAAGCCGCAGCCAAGGGACCUUUGGCUGGCAUCCUUGCUUAUACUGAGGACCAGGUAGUCUCCACAGACUUUAAUGGCGAUUCCCAUUCUUCCAUCUUUGAUGCUAAGGCUGGAAUUGCCCUCAAUGACAACUUCGUGAAGCUUGUUGCCUGGUAUGACAACGAAUAUGGCUACAGUAACCGCGUGGUCGACCUCCUCCGCUACAUGUUUAGCCGAGAGAAGUAA